AUGAAGAUUUCCGCCAAACUCCAAGACCACCACCACCAGAGCCACCGUGAAACACCGCCGUCGCCGGUGCUCAUACGCGCCAAAAUACCUCUAACGAUCUUCAACCUUCCCUUCCUCUCACACUUCUCCACCACCACCACCCAUCCCUCCGACCUCUCCCUCUCUCUCUCCACCAACUUCUCCUCCGGACCCUCCCUCAAAUUCUCCUACACCACCGCCGCCUCCGCCUCCUGCGCCGCCGCCGCACCGCCGUUUAGUCUCACUCUCAAAUCCGGCACCGGCGUCUUCGGAUCCCCCACAAACUCCCCUCUCGUCAUCUCCGCUCACUUCUCCUUCGCCCAACCUAACCCUACUUUCUCUCUCCUGGUAAAGCCCCAAUUCGGAUCCUUCUCGCUCCGCAAAUCGAUCGAUUCCCACGCCGAUUCCGCCGUGAGCGACGACGCCGACGCCGGAGGCGACUCGACCUCAUAUGGAUUCGUGCCAGUGGAGAUUGCCGCAGCUCCGAAGGACAAAUUAGGGCACGAAAUUGAGAAUCCCAAUUCCGCAGCUCAGAAGAACAAAUUAGGGCAGAAAUUUGAAGUUUCAAAUUCCAAUUCCAAUUCGGUCUUCAAGGGGAUUCGAAUGGCGGCGGCGACUCAACUGCCGGUGGCGAAGAGCGUCUCGGUGAACUUCCGGUGGUGGGUGAAUUUCUCAGGCGACCAAAUGCCGGUUCUACGGAUCAACAAAAUCGGCAUUCGAAGGGCCAUAGCCGAGGCUGCAACAGACAGCGAGAAGAAGGAGAUUGUCGAGAGGAAUUCGGAAGAAUUCGAAUUCGAUCAAUUGAAAGGACUGUGUUUUUGGAUGAAAAGGGAAUUGGAUGGUUUGACAAGAGUUAACAAGGAGAUGAAAGAGGAAUUGGAAGAAAUGAAAUCUGCAGGGAAGAAGGCGAUGAUCAUGGGUUCCGGCGAGAGGCCGAGUGGGUUCGAGCAGUGGCGAAGCAGGAGGAAAGCUGGAGCUGACGACAAUGGCAAUGGCAAGAUGAAUUAUGGGGUGAAAGAAGAGAAGGACGCGGCGGCCAUGGAUGUGGAGAAUGAGUUGCAGAGAGCGAUAAUGGCUGCCACGGCGGCGGCUUCGUAG